GAUGAAGAGCAGCGCUUAUCCGGCAUCAUGUGCCCCAGGCUCCCGAGGACUGCCUGCCUGCUGCGACUCAUUGCCCUCUGCAUCCUCCUCUCACAAACGUCAGCCUAUUUCGGGUUGACAGGCAGAGAGCCACUGGUGUUUCUACCUGCACCGCUAUCAAACGAGUCUCCCUCGGGUAAAGCGCACCUGAAGCAAUGUGAGCAGCUGACCCUAACUCGCCGACAGAAGCGUCUUUGCCGCCGGGAGCCGGGUCUGGCCGAAACACUUCGGGAAUCUGUGCGCCUCAGCCUCCUGGAAUGCCGGUACCAGUUCCGAAACGAGAGGUGGAACUGCAGCCUCGACGGCCGAGGAAGCCUGCUAAAGCGAGGGUUUAAGGAGACAGCGUUUUUGUUGGCGGUGUCAUCGGCAGCCUUGACCCAUGCGCUGGCAAAAGCAUGCAGUUCUGGUCGGAUGGAACGCUGCACUUGCGACGACUCACCAGACUUGGAGCACCGAGAAGCCUGGCAGUGGGGCAUUUGUGGCGACAACCUCAAGUACAGCACCAAGUUCCUCAAGAAUUUCUUGGGGCAGAAGAGGGUCAGUAAGGACUUGAGAGCACAGAUCGACUCUCAUAACAUCAACGUGGGAGUUCGGGCAGUGAAGAGCGGGCUGAAGACCACCUGUAAAUGCCACGGCGUGUCUGGCUCCUGCGCCGUGCGCACCUGCUGGAAGCAGCUCUCCCCCUUCCACGACACCGGCCGGCUCCUCAAGUUCCGCUACGACUCGGCCGUGCGCGUGCUGAGCGUCACCAACGCCGCCACGGGGGAGGCGGAGCUGGCGGGGCCCCGGCGCCACGGCCACAGCCCCCGCUCCAUGGACCUGGUCUACCUGGAGGACUCGCCCAGCUUCUGCCGGCCCUCCCGCUACUCCCCGGGCACGGCCGGGCGGCCCUGCGCCAAGGACGCCAGCUGCCAGAACCUGUGCUGCGGGCGCGGCUACAACACCGCCCUGCGCCACACCACCCUCUCCUGCCACUGCCAGGUGCGCUGGUGCUGCCAUGUGGAGUGCCAGACCUGCCUGAGAGAGGAGGAAGUGUACACAUGUAAAAAACACUGA